UGCAGGCUGGGUGCUGCCAUCGCCGCGGGCUGAGCCCCCUGCGCCCGGCGGGGACGCCUUGGCAUCACCCCUGCCACCAUGCUGCCACCGCACCGGAGCCGGCCCCGCUGAGCCCAGAGCCGGAGAGAUUAUGGUCUGGCCCUUCCGGCAGCAGAGCCCUCCCUGAGCUGGCCGGCACCGGAGCUCGUCCCCUGGGAGGGGCCCAGCUGCUACCCCCCUAUCGCUGGCGGCAGCCCCCCUCCAAAGUGCCUCAUCCCCUCCCAACGAGCCCCAAGCAGCCCUGGGCUGCGGCCCCCGGCCUCGGCUCGCCCGUGCCCCCCGCUCGGUGCUGACAGCCCCGGGGAGGGGCAGAGGAGAGGCUUCGGGCUGAGAAACAACAGGAUGCGGUCCUGGCUUCGGGUGCUAGAGAUGAUGGGCUGAGAAUCCGUCCCGGAGGCACCCCAGGGCCAUGAGCUCGCUGUGCGGUCCUGACUCGGACAUCGCAGACUGGCUGGCCACCAUCCACCUGGAGAGGUACCGGGACAUUUUCAAGCAGCAUGGGAUCCAUGUGGCCCGAGAUGCCCUCGCGCUGGACGGUGAUCACCUGCAGCAGCUCGGCAUCACUGCCACCGGGCACCGCAAGAGGAUCCUGAACCUGGCGCAGCAGACGCGGCUGCGGGCGCAGCCCCGGGCAGGAGGCCCCCAUCCCCGAGCCCCCCCAGUGGGUGAGGAUGCCAUGAAAGCAGAGCCAGGAGCAGCCACCGAUGCUUUUGGGAUGCAGCAACGCGGCGCAAUGCCCAGCCACGCAUCUUCCCUAGAGAAGGACCCGGCCCCUCCCCUGGUGAAGCCCGUCCCCAAGCCCAGGACUGUUUUCUAUCGCCCCAAGUCGGAGCCAGGCUCGGCGCCCACACCACCGGCACGCGCCACGGCACCGGCACAGAGCCCCGAUGGGGCACCCACAGCCUUCGUGGUGCUGGAGGGCUUCGUGCCGGGGGAGAGCUCCACGGAUAUGGAGAGCCCAGGGACAGCUGCAGCCAUGGGCACGGGGACAUCCCGGCUGGAGGCACAGCUCCCCGCGGCCCCAGAUCACGGACAAGCCCUGGAUAUGUCAGAGAAACCCUUGCCGGGGGUCCCAUCCGUCCCGCCACGGCUCAGCCACAGGGUCGCAGUGGCCGAGCCCAGCCCUGCGAGCACACCAGAGGGACGCCCCUCGCUGCCGGGCGCGGGGCAGGGCAGGCUGGAGAUGGUGUCCAACGUCAUCUACGAGGGGCUCAAGCCACCACCAGCACCCACGGAGGACUCGGGAGGGGAGAAUGGUCCCCAGGGACGGGAUCUUGGUAACGAUCUGUCCUUGCAGGAGCUGACCCAGCCGGCCAAGAAGCCUGACAGUCCCAGCUGGCCCACAGGGGGGUUCCCCCCUGUCCCGCAGAGACCCACCGGCAAGCCAGAGGUCGGCGAGCCGCCCAUCAGCCCCUACGGUGAAACCACCUUUGGGCACGCGGUCCCAGCGCGGGAGCAGAAGGGCAUGGGCGUCCCCUCGGGGCAGAGCUACGAGGCGGUGGCUGAGCUGGAGCUGGAGCGAGAAGCCCGCAGGACGAGCAGCGAGUGCAGCAGCGAGGGAAGGAGUGAGGAUGAGGAGACGCGCGCCAGGCUCAUCGAACGCAUCGCCCAGAGCGACACGGAGGGAUACUCCACUGUGGAGGCCCCGCGGGCUGAGGGCACCCCGUUCAGCCUGCCACCCCAUCUCUACGCCGACGAGGUGCUGGACGACCUGACCAUCUCCCCCUAUGCGAGCUACACCUCGCUCUCCGAGCCCCGGCCCACCAUGCUCAGCGGUUGGCUGGACAAGCUGUCCCCACAAGGGAACUAUGUCUUCCAGAGGCGCUACGUCCGCUUCGAUGGGAAGAACCUGAUGUACUUCAGCAGUGAGAAGGAGCCCUACCCCAAGGGUGUGAUCCCGCUGUCCGUCAUCGAGAUGGUUCGCGCCAGCAAGGACAACAAGUUCCAGGUGGUCACCAGCCACCGGAUCUUCGUCUUCCGUGCCGAGAACGAGGCCCAGAGGAACGAGUGGUGCUCCACGCUGCAGAAGAAGGUGGCUGAUCAGCGCCUGGGGGGCUCCCGGCCACGGCCCCCCAACACGGCGCACUGCCAGAAGUCGGGGACCCUGGAGCUGAAGGGCCAGAAGUCCAAGGUGUUCGCAGCCCUCAGCCUGCCUGAGAUGUGGCUGUACAAGAGCGAGCAGUUCUUCAAGAUGGGCAUCGGCAUCUGCGUGAUCGAAAUGCGUGGCUCCACCAUCCGCGAGGCCAAGAACCGCAGCUUCGAGCUCAUCACCCCCUCCAAGAUAUUCAGCUUUGUGGCAGAAUCGGAGCGGGAUAAGCGGGAGUGGAUGGAGGCCCUGCAGGAGGCCAUAGCCGAGAUGCUCUAUGACUACGAGGUGGCAGAAAAGAUCUGGUCCAACAAAGCCAACAAGUACUGCGCAGACUGCCAGGCUCAGAACCCCGACUGGGCAUCCAUCAACCUCUGCGUGGUCAUCUGCAAGCAGUGCGCAGGACAGCACCGCAGCCUGGGCUCCAACAUCUCCAAGGUGCAAAGCCUGAAGCUCGACACCAGCGUCUGGUCCAAUGAAAUCGUGCAGCUCUUUAUCGUGCUGGGAAAUGACCGAGCCAACCGAUUUUGGGCUGCCCGCCUCCCCACCGCCGAGGCUCUCCACCCGGACGCCAGUGCCGAGCAGAGACGGGACUUCAUCGCCCGCAAGUACCGGGACGGGCGGUACCGCCUGCCCCAUCCCCAUUAUGCCACCCAGGAGGAAGUGCUCCAGGCACUGUGCGCUGCGGUGGCAGCACCAGGCUUGCUCAAGACCGUCCUGCAGUUCUUCUCCUCUUCAGAGGCUGGGCUGGCUGCUGACCCUGCAGCCUACGAGAUGGCCCCAGGGGCUGACCUAUGGUGGGAUCUGGAGACCAAAAGGCACAGGAAUCAUUCAGGGGAACCAGGUCCGGAGGGCGUCUACAAUGAAAUCACACAGCCGGUGACACACAGCGGGUACCUGCACCGGGCCACAGCUCCCCCCCGGCUCCCGGGCACCAAGAAGAGCAGAGAGGACUUCCAGCGCGUCUGGUGCUCACUGGAGAAGUCUCUGCUCUUCUUUGAGACGGAGAAAUGCACCGAGCCCCUGGGCCACAUCGAGAGUGGGGAGCUCCUCUCCCUGGGCGUGAGCAGAGCCCAGGCACCCACCAACCCUGGCGCUACUGAGAGGUUUCGCUUCACCCUCGAGCUCUUCCUCACUGGGGAAAAAGUGCAGCAGCUGGGGGCCGACAGUCCUGAGACACUGCAGGCAUGGGCAAGCACCAUCGGCAAGUGGUUCACUCCCGUGAGCUGUCACUGCCUGCUGGGCUACGAAUUCCAGCGAGCGGGCCAACUGCGCUACAAGUGCAUGCUCAACCCCGAGCGCUGGCAGCAAGCCUUCUUCAUCCUGCAGAAAGCCCACCUCUUCAUCUGCCCCGCCGAGGAGGAUGGGGCCGAGGACAGCAUCAACCUGCGGCGGCUGCAGGAGCUCAGUCUGGUGCCCCCCGCAGAUACGCUGGAGAAGAGGGAGAUGCUGCUGCUGGUGGAGAUGGGGAGGACGUUUUACCUGCAGGGCUUGUCGCGGGCGGACACGGCGGCAUGGUAUGCUGACAUCCAGGCAGCGGCAGGGGGCCGGGGCAACGCGCUGCGGGACCAGCAGCUGAGCCGCGGGGACAUCCCCAUCAUUGUGGACAGCUGCAUCGCCUUCAUCACGCAGUAUGGGCUGCGCCACGAAGGGAUUUACCGCAAGAACGGAGCCAAGUCCCGCAUCAAGGUACUGAUGGAGGAGUUCCGGCGGGACGCCCGCAACGUCAAACUGCGCAUCAGCGACAACUUCAUCGAGGACAUCACCGACGUGCUGAAGAGGUUCUUCCGUGAACUGGAGGACCCCGUCUUCACCCUGGAGCUGCACCCGCAGUGGAAGGAGGCUGCGAAGAUCUCCUCCAAGCCACAGCGCCUGGAGCGGUACAAGGAGCUCAUCCAUCGCCUGCCUCGCCUGAACCGCAAGACCCUGGCCGCGCUGAUCGGGCACCUCUACAGGGUGCAGAAAUGCGCAGACCUCAACCAGAUGACCACCAAGAACCUGUCGCUGCUCUUCGCACCCAGCCUCUUCCAGACCGAUGGCAAAGGCGAGCAUGAGGUGAAGGUGAUGGAAGACCUCAUUGACAACUACGUCAGCAUCUUCAAUAUUGACGAGGACCAGGUGUCCCAGAUGGAGCUGGAGAACAGUCUGAUCACCACUUGGAAGGACACCCAGCUCUCACAGGCUGGGGACCUCAUCAUCGAGGUGUACCUGGAGCAGAAGCUGCCCGACUGCUGUGUCACCCUGAAGGUGUCCCCCACGAUGACAGCGGAGGAGCUCACCAACCAAGUGCUGGAGAUGCGCAACGUGGCGACCAGCCUGGACAUCUGGCUAACCUUCGAGGUCCUGGAGAAUGGGGAGCUGGAGCGGCCCCUGCAUCCCAAGGAGAAGGUGCUGGAGCAGGCGUUGCAGUGGUGCAAGCUCCCAGAGCCCAGCGCCGCGUACCUGCUGGUGAAGAAGGUCCCCAUCGGCGAGGCCAGCUGCCUCUUCACAGGUGCCAAGCGUGAGACCCCCAAGUGUGGGCUGCUGAAAUGCCGCGAGGAGCCCCCCAAGCUGCUGGGGAGCAAGUUCCAGGAGCGCUACUUCGUCAUCCGGGACCGGCAGCUGCUGCUGCUCAAGGAGAAGAGGAGUGCCAAGCCAGAGCGCGAGUGGCCGCUGGACGCAGCCAAGGUUUACAUGGGCAUUAAGAAGAAGCUGAAGCCACCAGCACAGUGGGGCUUCACGCUGAGCCUGGACAAGCAGCAGCUGUACCUGGUGUGCUCGGGGCAGGCUGAGCUGUGGGACUGGACCACCAGCAUCCUCAAGGCUCAGCACGACGACCUGCGUCCCGUCAUCAUGCGCCGGCGCUCCUCCUCCGACCUCGCCAAGCAGAAAUUCGGCACCAUGCCCCUGGUGCCCCUGCACGGGGACAGCACCGACGCCACCAUGCUCUCCGCCAACCAGACCCUGCUCCGCCUGCACACACGAAGGACUUUGUCCAUGUUUUUUCCCAUGAAGGUGCACCAGGACUCCCUGGAGGAGGAGCAGCAGGAGAACGAGGCGGACGCCGAGCCCGUCUACGAGGAGGUGGGCAACUUCCCCGAGCUGGCGGCGCUGGAGCUGGAGCGGGGGCUGCUGGCGGACCCCUCGGCUGUGCCCCCGGUGGACAGGUCCAAGAAGCCGACCCCGGGCCCCGAGCACCCCCCGGCCCCGGCGCUGCGCUCCUCGCUGCCCGCCAGCCCCGCGCAGAGGCUGCCGGGCCUACCCGUCACCAAGGCCCUGUCCCUCGAGUGGGGCCUGAACCUGGAGUGUGACGCGGCCCCAUCCUGCGGGCCCAGAGCCACCCACACGGCCUCUCUGGAGAGGAACGUGGUGCCGUCUGCGGCACCGGCUGGGGACCAGGAGCCGGUGGCCACACCAGGGAGCAGCCCCAGCUCCGAGACCUCUGUGAGCAUCCCCAGGAAGAGGAGCAUGCAGCUCUCCUCGUCCAUCAACGAGAAGCUCAUCCAGGAGCUCAGCAGCAUCAUCCUCAGGAAGAACGAGGGCCAGCCGCCAGCGACGGGGCCGGGCCAGCCGGUGACAUGACCCGGGGUGGCACCGACCUGGGGGUCAAGUCACAUCUGGUGGCAGCGGUGACAGGGAGGGGACUGCAGAGCCGGCACCCUCCUCCUCCUCCCGGCCUCACCCCGGGGCCGGGCUGGGAGCGGGGACAGGUGGGGACCAGCAGCCGGCGCGGUGCCACCCCCUUGGGGGGACAGGGGACAAUGACGUGUGUGUCUGCGUGUGGGCAGCACACCCGCCGCCGCUGGGCUCAGCGCCGAGGGGAGCGAGUCAUAGGGAAAAUAAAAGCAGAACUGCGAUGCUCGUGAGCAUCAGACGGGGCACGUGGUGCCAGGGACACGAGGUGCGCAGGGUGCAGCCUUCCUCCCGCAUGAGCCCCCUGAGCUCUGCCCAGCAUCCCCUCCCCAGCCCCAGUCCCCUGGCGCAGGGUUGAGGCACCUGUGUGCCCCCCCCUUUCCCCUUCCUGCGCACAUCAUGGGGCAUUUCUGGGGGGUGUCCAGCAGAGAGGCUGGCCGCGUGUGCCCAGCGUGUGGUCCUGGCGAUGGAGGACGGGUCCUGCUCAUCUGGGGCAUUUAUACCUGCUCCUUGCACCAGCAGGGAGAAAUAAAGGUUUAUUUGGA